AUGAAGGUGUCAAAUAUUUUAAGUUUAUUCAGUCUCUUGGCUGUGACUUUCGCUAAGACACAUACCUGGUAUUAUGAAACUGGUUGGGUUACCGCUAAUCCUGAUGGUAUGUAUGAACGUGAGGUUAUUGGUUUCAAUGGAACAUGGCCAUUACCGAUCCUUAGAAUUACCAAGGGUGACACUGUCAAUUUAUACUUGAAGAAUGGUUUCACUGAUAGAAACACUUCUUUACAUUUCCACGGUCUUUUCCAAGAAGGUUCAUCUCAAAUGGAUGGUCCAGAAAUGGUUACUCAAUGUCCAAUUGCUCCAGGUGAUACCUUUUUAUAUAACUUUACUGUUACUGAUCAGGCCGGUACUUACUGGUACCAUUCCCAUACUUCUGGUCAAUAUGGUGAAGGUAUGAGAGCUGCAUUCAUCAUUGAUGAUACUGAAGAUUUACCAUUUGACUACGAUGAAGAAGUUAUUUUGACUGUUUCUGAAUGGUACCAUGAUACUUCCGAUGUGUUGAUGCCACAGUUCUUGAGUGUUUACAAUCCUACCGGAGCUGAACCAAUCCCAUCCAGUAUUUUAUUCAACGAUAGUUACAAUUACUCUUGGGAUGUUAAGCCAGAUACUACCUAUUACUUAAGAAUCGUCAAUGUUGGUAGAUUUGUUUCCCAAUAUCUUUACAUGGAAGACCAUGACUUUGAAGUUGUUGAAGUUGAUGGUGUUUGGGUUGACAGUAAUACUACUAGCAUGAUUUACAUCACUACUGCUCAACGUUACGGUGUCUUGGUUAAAACAAAAUCUGACACUUCUAAGAAUUAUGCAUUCAUGGCAGGUAUCGAUACCGAUAUGUUGGAUACUAUUCCAUCAUCAUUGACCUUGAAUACCACCAACACCAUUUCUUACAGCUCAGAUAACGAUGCUGUCGAAAGUUACACUGUUGAUGAUUAUGACUUCCUUGAUGAUUUCUACUUAAAGCCAAAGUCAAACACUACCUUAUUUGAUGAUCCAGAUUACACCAUCACUGUUGAUGUUGCCAUGGACAAUUUAAACAAUGGUGUUAACUAUGCUUUCUUCAACAACAUUACCUACACUAGGCCAAAGGUUCCAACUUUACAUACCGUCUUGUCAGCUGGUAACGAUAGCGCUGAUGCUGUUGUCUAUGGUACCAACACCCAUUCAUUUGUCCUUCAACACAAUGAUGUCGUCGAUAUUGUUGUUAACAAUUUCGAUACUGGUAAGCAUCCUUUCCACUUGCACGGUCAUAUUUUCCAAGUUAUUGAAAGAUACGCUCCAGUUGACGAUGAUGAUGAUCCAGUUACCUACAACGUUUCUGACCACGCUGCUUUCCCAGACUAUCCAAUGAUGAGAGAUACUGUUUACCUUAACCCUCAAGCUUACAUUGUUCUUAGAUUCAAGGCCGACAACCCAGGUGUUUGGUUUUUCCAUUGUCACAUUGAAUGGCAUUUGGAUCAAGGUUUAGCCCUUGUUUUGGUUGAAGCUCCAGAAUUAAUCCAACUGAAUGACACUCAACAAUUGACCCAAAACCAUAUUGAUGUCUGUAACAACGUUGGUGUUGCUUACGAAGGUAAUGCCGCUGCCAAUACCAAGGAUUACUUGGAUAUUACUGGCCAAAACGUUCAAGUCAAGAACUUACCAGCUGGUUUCACUGCACGUGGUAUUGUUGCUCUUGUCUUCUCUGCCCUUACUGCCAUUCUUGGUUUAUGCACCAUUGGUUUCUACGGUAUGUCUGAUAUCAAGGAUAUCGAAGAACGUGUUGCCAGAGACUUGGAUGUUGAUCUUGACUCCGACAAGGAAGAUGACGUCAAUGAAGAAAUCGUUGACGGAUCAUCCUCUUCAACGAGAUAA